AUGACGGUGAUCAUCGUGUACAUGCGCCCAAUGAACCGGGGCGGCACCAGAGAGGUGACUGAGGGAGCGGAUGAUAUUGUCGAAGCCUCGACCAAAGGUCGAGAUGACAAAUCCUGCGCGUGCGAGUCUCAGGUCAUAGCGCUUCGAGAUGUACUGCAGGUUGAGGCUCUGGGUCGGCUCUUCGACGGCAUUGAUGAAGAAAGUGAGGAUGAGCACGAGGACUUUGACGUCGUGGCGCAGGACGGUGGUUGCUCGCUGCCAGAGAGAUGCCAGGCAAGCUAUAGUUCAGUGCGCGACUUGCUCUUUAGUCAUGAGGAGCGUGAAUGUCAUCGACAGUACGAUGCCGAUAAUGCUCAUCAGCACAACGGGCUUGUGAUCCCAUCGGUCGGCCAACAAGCCGUAGGGUAUAGCCAGUGCGACGCCUAUAAUAUGGUUGGUAGCAAUGGUAUGACAUUGAGUCGAGGACAAAAGCAGCGGAUCGUUACCAUCUACCGGAGUCUGAUCGAAUCAUCGUCCUCAGCACCGAGGGAAGAUUUGACAGCCAAGGAAACCUUCACAGACUGCGACUUAUGGGUCCAGUGGUGGUCUGAUGCCAACGAAGUGUCCUCUAACCCUAAUCUGGGACUCUACUUCGAAGUAGCGCCUCUCUCCUUCUUUGCCAAUAGUAGCACCGGGGCCAUUACAAAUCGAUUCAGCCAGGAUAUGCGGCUCAUCGAUAUGUCGUUACCGAUGGCUGCCAUUAAUACCGCACUGUUGCAGAUUGUCAUGAUCUCGGUCUCAUCCAAGUAUAUGACCGUCACCAUCCCCUUUGCGUUGGGUGUCAUCUAUCUGGUGCAUAAGUUCUAUCUAAAGACCUCCCGACAACUCCGGCUCCUCGACUUGGAAGUGAAAUCGCCCCUGUACUCCAAUUUUAUCGAGACCCUGAAUGGCCUUGCGACCAUCCGCGCCUUUGGAUGGACAUCGCAAUUGCAAGAGCAGAACACUCGGCUGCUGGAUGAAUCGCAGAAGCCUGUCUACCUGCUGUAUUGUGCACAACGAUGGCUGACACUGGUCAUGGACAUGCUCGUGGCCUGCUUGGCGAUUAUUCUUAUCAUUUUAACGGUCGUCCUGAAAGAAUCAACCAGUGGCGGCACGAUCGGUGUGGCCCUUGUCAAUAUUAUGACCUUCAACCAAGGCCUGACAAAUAUGAUCAAGUGGUAUAUGUCCCUCGAGACAGCUCUUGGGAUCAUCUCGAGGGUUAAGGAAUUUGAAGUGGAGACCAUAUCUGAAGAACGACCGAGCUCGAUGUUGAGACUUGUGGAUCAGGAGUGGCCUCCAUCAGGAGCAAUCGAGUUCCGGAAUGUAUCCGUAUCUUACGAGUUCGUCGAUAAGUAUCCUCCAAUGACAUGGGAGAUAACGCUAAUAAUGAUCAGCAAUGAGUCUUCUUACGCACUAAGAGACAUCUCGAUGUCGAUCCAAGCAGGUCAGAAAAUUGGGAUCUGUGGGCGCACUGGAAGUGGAAAGAGCUCUUUGAUUCUAUCGCUCUGUCAGAUGGUUGAUCUCAGAUGUGGGUUUAUCUCGGUGGACGGGAUUGACCUCUCGACCUUGUCCCGAGAAGCCGUUCGCUCUAGGUUUAAUUCAACUACGCAAGAGCCUUUUUUCAUACCGGCCACAAUGAAGUCAUCAUCAGAGCUCAUCAGAAGGUCCACCUAUGGGAUUUCGUCAAGGAACGCGGCGGACUGGAUGGAUGCUAAGCUGGGGGCUGAUAAGUGGUCAUUGGGUCAGCAACAGCUAUUUUGUCUAGCGCGAGCACUGCUGAAAAAGAGCCAAGUUAUCAUUCUAGACGAAGUUUCCAGCAGUGUCGUUUCCGAAACGGAUAAGUUAAUGCAAGUCAUCAUCCGCGCCGAAUUCGCCGACUCUACCAUUUUCGCCAUCGCGCACCGUCUUGAUACCAUUUUAGACUUUGACAGAAUUGCAUUCUUAGAUAAGGGUUCGUUGGUAGAGUUUGACAGCCCGACAAGGCUAUUAGAGAGGGAGUCCUCGGCUUUUGCCCGGCUCUACAAUGGCUUGCCAGAUGCGAGUCUAUAG